UUGCAAUAACAAACAGCCAGACCAAGUUGAGCCGAUAUCUUUCGGAGUCCUUGGAUCAGUAUUUUCACAUAAAUAUCAUAUUUCAAUUUCCACUUGCGGAAUUUCACCAGUCGUUGGAGACUUUGAAAAUCGGAAACUAUGGGAGACUUAAGGCUGGUCUAUUUCGACAUUAGAGGGAUGGCGGAACCGAUCCGUUACAUGCUAACGGCGGCGGGCGUAGCCUUCACCGAUGAUAGGAUUCCGCUAACGGCAUGGACAACCAAAAAGAAGGGCACGCUGGCCAAUAUCAUGCGAAGAAAGUCAUCCUUAGCUGAAACAGCGGCUGCCCUUGGUUUGACCAAACAGUUUGUCGGACAGCUGCCAAUUCUUGUUGUCGGUGAAAGUUUCGUUUUAACCCAACCACUCACGGUUAUUCGAUUUCUGGCAAAGAGAUGCGGCUUCAAUGGCAAAACGGAAUUGGAGGAAGCCAGAGCUGAAGAAAUUUCUGAUCUGGUGUACGAUCUAAGGAUCUUGGCUAUGGAAUUUGAGGGGAAAGCAUUCAAGUCCAACACCCCAGAUAUUGUUCGUCAUACAGUAUUCCGGGAUUUAGCUACCGCUCCAGAAUCGAAGGAGAAGACAAAGAUGCUGGAGGACUUUCAACUAAUUCAUUUCCCACUUUAUUUCCUUGCUGGAAAGCGAGGAAGCCUGGGCGAGGAAGCCUGGGCCUGGGCUAACAAUUUAAUUCCUUGCUGGAAAACAGUGGUGGGGAUUGGAUUGCUGGGGAAAGUAUGACCUACGGGGAUUUUGUUUUGGCCAACUUUCUUGACAUUGCGUUGGAAUUUGUGGAUCCUAAUUGCUUGGACGAAUUUCCAAAACUAAGAAAGCUAAUGGAUGAUGUGCUUGGAAUACCGGAAAUUCAAGAGUGGCGGAAACUCCAAGAAAUAAAAGCGUUGCAACGUUUGGCGGAAAAUGCGUAAUCAAGCAACUUAAAGACAGUCGAGUACGUAGCCAUAAAUAUUUCAUGUUGUAGUUAAAAACUGAAUAAUAUCAAUAUAAAGUUUCCAUAUGAAUAAAAAAUAAAUAAAUGUUGAAAAGAUGAAA